AUGAUUGUCAUCCUUUCUCUCUCAGUGCUAUGCUUUGCGGGAUGUUCCCUCGCAGCUCAAAUAUCCUUCUCAACACCCUCCCACCAGGAUGACACCCACAAUGUUUUUAUAACUCCCGAGAUCAACAACUUUAUUGAAGGUAUACUCGAAGAAUACAAUUCUCCUGGACUCUCUCUCGCCUUAGUUCGUCGUAAUGAAACAUCUUCCACUGGAUGGCUCAUGGAAUUCGGCUCUUAUGGAACUGCCAAGGCAGAUGGUUCCCCAGUUACUCCUGACUCAUUGUUCGCUAUUGCAUCAAAUAGCAAACUGUUCUUAUCGCUCUCAGUCGGGUUGCUCAUUGAGAACCAAACUCUUGCUGAUCAGACGGGGAGGGAGCUUUCCUGGAGUAGCCGAGCCAUAGAUGUGAUUCCGCAAUGGGGUCUGAUGGAUGAAGACAUGGAACGGAUUGUGAAUAUACAAGAUAUGCUCUCACAUCGCACAGGAAUGCCCCGACAUGACCUGUCUGGUCGCCCAUUACAAGGCGGUGUUGCGGAGAUGAUAUCAAACCUUCGCUACCUACGCCCAUCUGCAGAGGCUCGUGAGACAUGGCAGUACAACAACCUAAUGUACGAAACACUUUCCUACCUCCCCGAACUUCUACUCGAUCAACCAUUCGAAUCCUACGUCGCCGACCACCUAUUCAACCCACUCAAUAUGUCAGCCUCGACCUAUUCUGUGGCCAUCGCCGAAGAAUCUAGUGAGCACAUGGCCCACGGAUACAUGCGUUCAAUGCGGGACGAGAUCACCGGUGUGAGCGGCAUACUGACUCCAGUGGUACCGUACUUUUCUCGCCCAGGGAAUGAGAAGAUCUGGGCUGGAGCUGGAGGGGUUAUAACCAGUGCCAGGGAUUUGUCUGUGUGGGUUGCUAUGCUAUUGGGGAAUGGGAAACACCCAUUUACAAAUGUGACUGUUGUACCUGAGAAAUUGAUACAGCACAUCGCAGAGGGCGUGGCUGUGAUAGACGGUACUCCUUCAUAUCCUGAGCUGAGUGCAUCAAUGUAUGGCGCUGGGCAGGAAAGAUACACCUACCGUGGACAUGACCUUAUUGAACAUGGAGGUUCCAAUCCAGGAUUCAAAACACAGGUCACUCGUUUCCCAAAUGACAACCUCGGCAUUGUCGUACUCUCAAAUGAUGAAGAUUUCGGGACUGAAAUUCACCAAAUUGUGAUCAGGCGCAUUGCCGAUGAAAUCCUUGGUCUCGAUCCUUUAGAUUGGAAAAUAAGGCUGCAAGCACAAAGACAAAAAUUCAAUGCAGAGAUUGUCAAAAUGGCUCUUCCAAGGCCUGAAGCACCCCAUCUUCCUACAGCCCCAAUUGCUUCCAUGGAGGGUGCUUCAUUCAUGCAUCCCACUUACGGACUUUUACAGCCAUGCUAUAUUGAACCUGGUUCAAACCAAUCUUAUAGAAGUCCUCACUCAGAAUGCACCCGCAUAGUCACAGAUGAAGUCACUCAAGAAAUCAUCAAAUCACCUCUUAGUCACAACUCCACUCUAGAGGAUACACUGGCUAUACCCACACUCAUCAUACCUUACAAUGGAUUCUUUGUUACACACAUCAUGCUCCGCCAUUUCUGCGGGAACCUUUUCAAUGGCUCGAUCAUAUGGAGCAAUUGGGUAGUGAGAGAGAAGGAGGGAUAUCACCAGAAUAAUGAGAAUGUCGGCAAAGAUAUCAUUAUUGGGUUUGACAAUAGGUUCGAGGUAGAGUGGGUGCAUGAAACAAAAUCUGCUCGAGGAGGACUUGCUUUCAAAGGUGGUUUUUGGGGAAAGGGGAAGAAGGCAAAGGCACCAAUGGGAACAGGGAAAGAAAGUGCAGAGGUGUGGUUUGGCAAGGUAUAG